AUUGAAACUAUGCAAAAAAUUAUCCCCCUAUUAUUGAUUUGUUUCUUUCUUUAUAUUGAAAGAAUCUAUGCUUCUAGUCGUGCUAUAAAUCAUUAUUUUCCCAAAGUAAUAUUUAUUUCUCUCGAUGGAUUUCGUUAUGAUUACUUUGAUAUGGCUGAGGAAAGAAGUGUAAACAUGUCAGCAUUUGAAAAGAUUAAAAGUCAAGGAGUUUACAUAAGACGUAUACAAAAUGAAUUCCCUACUUUAACAUUCCCAUCACAUUUUUCAAUGGUAACAGGCAUGCACCCUGAAAGUCAUGGAAUAGUAGAUAAUGUGUUUUAUGAUCCAUCUAUUAAUGCAACAUUUUCAUCAAGAAAUCAGUCUACAGCAUUAGAUUCUAGAUUCUAUGAUGUUGGAGCUGAACCGAUUUGGGUAACGAACCAGUUUCAUGGUCAUAAAAGUGGAGUGACUUUCUGGAUUGGAAGUGAGGCGAAAAUCAAAGGUCAGAGACCAACUCAUUAUCUAGCACCCUACAAUGAGAACAUUACAUUCAAUCAGCGAAUUGAUAUUUUGAUGGGUUGGUUUGAACAUGAAAAUAUUAACCUCGGUCUUAUGUAUUAUCAUCAACCUGAUAGAGCAGGACAUAUUUAUGGAGCGGCAAGUGACGAGGUUUUCAAAGCUAUUGAGGAGAUAAACCAUGGACUAGAUUAUCUCUUGACAUCGAUUGAAAACCGACCAUCACUUAGUUGCUGCCUCAAUCUCAUUUUAUCAAGUGAUCAUGGAAUGACGAACGUCAGUUCAGACAGAGUUAUAUAUCUUCAUGAUUACAUAGACCCGAAUGAGUAUACAUCUGCUCCUAAGAAGUCAGCGGAAAUCUGGACACUUUGGCCAAGACAAGGACAUACUGCGCAAUCAUUAUACGACAAAUUGAAAGACAAGCACUUCAGAUUAAAUGUCUAUUUGAAGGAGGAACUACCAACACGUUUAUUUUAUGAUUCAAGUGAUCGAGUUGGUCCUGUUGUUGUAUAUGCAGACAUUGGAUGGACGAUUAUUGCUGAUAGAAGUUCUGGGGUAACAUUGAAAAAUAAAGGUUCUCAUGGUUAUGAUCCAGAUUACAAAGAUAUGUCUCCAUUUCUAAUGGCAAUGGGACCUCAUAUAUCUAAAAAUCAAACAACAGAAUUAGAAGAAACAGUCAGACUGAUUGAUAUUUACUCACUGAUUUGUCUUAUACUUAAGUUGAAACCUGCUCCUAAUAAUGGCAGUGUUUGUCGAGUUGCCCCAUUGGUAAUUCAUAAAAAUAUUGCCAAUGUCAACAGAUCACCUACUAUAUUCAUUAUGAAAUUUGUUAUUCUAACUAUUUUCAUGUCAUACAAUGGAUUUAAUAAUUGA